CUCGUUCGCUGUGCUGCUCGGAGCGCAUUCAGUGUCAACGGCUAAGGACCAAUUCAUGAUAUUACAGCAACCUGAAACAGGGGCAAAGCAUCGUAUUCGUUUAGAUAAUAACUGAACCAACUCUACCUAUUCUACACGGAGCAUACCUUUGGAAGAGAUUGCAAUGCUUCAGAUAAGGGAUCUCAUUUGGACAUUGAUUUUCUUUGGUUAUGCAGCUGCCUUGCAAGUGGAAAUCACUCCAGUCCAAGGAGAGAUCAGCGUGGGAGAAUCCAAAUUCUUUUUGUGUGAAGUUGUUGGAGAUGCUAAGGAAAUAGACUGGUUUGCACCCAAUGGGGAGAAGCUCCUGCCAGGCAGAUCAGACAUCAGUGUCAGCAAGAAUGAUGAAUCCUCGUCGACACUCACAAUCUAUAAUGCCAACGUCGACCAUGCGGGCAUGUACAAGUGCGUGGCGAAAAGUGGGGACAAGGAAUCUCAGGGCACUGUCAUCGUAAACAUUUUCCAGAAACUCACUUUCCAAAACGCUCCAUCACCUCAAGAGUUCAAGGAAGGCGAUGACGCUGACAUCAUCUGUGAUGUCAUCAGCUCGCCGCCCCCAACUAUCAUCUGGAAGUAUAAAAAGACCAGAAUCCAGCCUGAGACUGAUGUCCGUUUCAAGGUCUUAAGCAACAACCACCUCCAGAUCCGCGGCAUCAAAAAGACAGAUGAGGGUGACUACACCUGCGAGGGCCGUAUCAUGGCCCGGGGAGAAAUCGACCUCAGGGUCAUCAAGGUCAUUGUCAAUGUUCUGCCAAGUAUCAGGACGCGCUACACUGAGCUUAAUGGCACUGCAGACAUCAACCAGGCCAUGAUGUUGGCCUGUUACGCAGAUGGCUACCCAGAACCCACCGUCACGUGGGCACGAGGUAAUAUCGUGCUGGAAUCAGAUGGAAAGUACAGUUUGAAUGAAGAUGGGUCGGAGUUGACCAUCAAAGACGUCACUAAGCUUGAUGAAGGAGAUUACCAGUGCAUCGCUAGAAACAAGGCUGGAGAGAGGAGCGAGGAAGUCUCACUCAAUGUGUUUGUGCAACCCAAGAUCACGUUCCUAGAAAACCAGACGGCCUCUGAAUUGGAGGAGCAGAUCACACUAACUUGCGAGGCCACGGGUGAUCCCACCCCCAACAUCAUCUGGAGCUUUGGUCGCCGGGUCUUCACAGAGAAUGAGCAGGCUUCAUGGACUCGACCUGAGAAACACAAGAGUCUGGAUGGUAACGUGAUCGUGCGCAGUGAUGCCCGUGUGUCCUCUCUGACUCUGAAAUACGUGCAGUUCACCGAUGCCGGCCAGUACCUCUGCACUGCCCGCAACUCCAUUGGUCAGGACAUCCAGAGCAUGUACCUGGAAGUGCGCUAUGCUCCAAAGAUCCAAGGCCCUGCGGCGGUGUUCACCUGGGAUGGGAAUCCGGCUAACAUCACCUGCGAGGCCCUCGCUCACCCGGCCGCCUCCGUUUUGUGGCUCCGUGAUGGCUUGCUGCUGCCUAGCGCUAAUACCACCAACGUCAAGAUCUACAACACUCCUUCUGCCAGCUUCCUGGAGGUCACUCCGGAGUCCCAGAACGACUUUGGCAGUUACAACUGUACAGCUACCAAUGUCAUUGGCACAGAGUCAAAGGAAUUCAUUUUGGUUCAAGCAGAUGUGCCUUCGGCCCCCUCUAUCGAGCGUGUGGAGCCGUAUUCCAGCACAGCAAUGGUGGAGUUUGAUGAGCCUGCCUCCAGUGGAGGAGUGCCUAUUCUCAAGUACAAGGCUGAAUGGAGGAUAGCAGGCCAAGACUGGACUGACAGAGAGCAUGAAGUUGAGGAUGGUCUCAACUUGAUCACCAUUGUUGGGCUGAAGCCAGAGACCACGUAUGAGGUCAAGAUAUCAGCCAUCAACGGCAAGGGUGAAGGAGAGAGCAGCCCCCCUGAGAGCUUUAAAACCCAACCUGUCCGGUCCCCUUUCAAAACAUCUUCAGAGACUCCAACUUCCAUUCCUCCAACCACUGCCGACCUUAAAGGGGAACCUAAUCCUCCUAAACUGGAGGCUAAGCCACUGUCCACAGGCAACGAGAUGAAGGUCCACUGGAUCAAGCAGGACGAUGGGGGCUCUCCCAUCAAACAUUAUCUAGUGCGCUACAAAGCUAAGAAUCGCCAGGACUGGAAGCCGGAGAUCCGCCUGCCCAACGGCAGUGAGUACGUUGUUCUGCGAGGUCUGGAAUGGAACACGGAGUACGAGGUCUCUGUCAUUGCUGAAAACCAGCGAGGGCGAUCUGAACCCGGCACACUCUCCUUCAGGACCUUGCCAGAAUCCACCGCCAUCCCAGCAACACUUGGCUGCUCCUCUGUGACGUACGCUCUCGUCACUCUCAUGUUCUCCAUGCUGACUGUGCUAGUGCUCUCAUAAACUGGGGCUCGCCAGAGGACAGGAGCCCCGUCCACUCUUCAACCACACCCUUCAGUUUUCUACGCCUUUCUGAUCCUCUCGCAGGCUAAACAAACAAACAAAAAAGAAUAUCAGUUACAUGUAUUGGAAUUAAGCAAAGUGUUCGGUGCUUGUAUCAUUCUGUUUUUUUGUCUUUUUAAGUUUCUUAUUCAUUUUAUGUUUAAGCAAGGCAGUGUUUGAAAAGGUUUUUUUUUCACAUCAUGGACUUUUUGGGAGUGUUGUAGAAAAUCUUUCCCUAUCAAGAAGCCUAGUCUCUUGAUAUUAAUCUCGAUAUAAUUAUUCUAGGGCCCAUUUAGGAGAUAAAGUCCUUAUUUUCAUUACCUUCAUUAAUUUUAAGUUUCUUAUUCUUUUGUUGUUGUUAUUAUUAUUAAGAUAUUAACUCAUUUGGAAGGGUGUUUUUUAGGAAUAGGCACCAAGUUUGUGUGUUGACAUGGAAAACGUGUUUUUUGUGACAAACUGUACAUAAUUUUAGACGAUUCAGAAAAUAUAUACUUUCUUGUAAUGGACUUUUAUUUGCAUUUUCUUUUCUCUGCUUCUUACUUGAAAAGACCAUUCAAAACUAAUGCUACUGCUGUUAAACUCAUUCACGUCAAAAGUGUCAUUUUCAACAGUGUAAUUUAAUUAUGUUCUGUAAUACAUUUUUUGUACACGCAUACCAGUAUGGUGUCAUGCAGUAAUCGUUGUAGGUUUUAAGGAAAUACGGUAAGCUAGAUAGAUUGUUUUGUUUAUUUUGAGUUUUUAACGAACACAACAUGGAUUUGAGUCAAAAUCUCGCGAAAGCGAGUUGCAUGGAACCAUAAUGUGUGACCGUUUCAUGCUUGUCCCGUGAUGACAUGGUGCACAAUGUCGGUUCGGAGGGACCCACGGAGCUUUUUACUUUUAAAGGGCAGGAGUGUUCUGCAGUACUUCUGAUUGACCAUCUCUACUCUGAACUGCUAAAUUCCUUAAGGCUGUUUAUUCUUGCUUAGACAGGAUUUAACAUAAACAGCCCCCAGACUGAAUUUUAGUGCGAAACCCACAAGCAUUCUUGUGUGCAUGGCACCGCCUCCGUUGUAACCGUAUAAAUCAAUUUUGAACAUUAGCGAUGGAUAGAUACAGGUAUGGGUGUCGAUUGACCUCCAGCCAGCUGUCCGUAUUAAAGAAGAUAGUGGUCAGUUUACAUGUCCAAGGCUGCUGUAUGCCAUCGAGAGUGGAAAUGCGAGUGUCAUUAUUAUUCAAGACCUAUGCAGGCAUUUCCUGGGAGAGUGUCAAGUAAAGUGCAACUAAUGUAAUUAAGUGUCUUACAGUAUAAAACCUCAUAUAUUUGGCAGGGUUAUGGAAAUAAAUGGGGGAGGGAAUGGGGGUCGUUUGUUCAAUAAAAUGGAGUAGCAUUUGUUUCCCAUUUUGGAAUGGAUUCUCAUGGUAAUAAAGUGAUGAGACCUGGAGGUUUGACUCCUGGAAACGCAUGUGCCAAUCAGUUUGUCAUGCUCAUCAUUCAUAUUCAGGUGCGUCUCUGUCCUUAAU